UACAGAGGCCAGUUUGGUUGCUUGAGCUCGAGUCUCCGGAAGUCCUUAAUGCUGCUGAGCUACCGUGGAAGUAAAAAAGUGCUUGUCCUGAUUUUCUUCCGUUCUUUUUUUGUUGAGUAGACAUUCGGUUCUGUGAUUCCCAACGUGAUUACAAGAAGAGAAAAAGCUCGACCUGUAUUUCUAACCCUGAUUGGCGUGCAGUCCCAUUUUUUUGUAAUCCGCCAAUUAUCUCAACUCUCCUUUCCAGACGUAAAUCCAUGUCAGACGACUAAGAAUGGCGUAACAUCAUAUACCUACAAUUCGAUUUCUUUGUUGGUGAAGUUCUACGUGCAACAGUCCCAUUGUUGGAAGACAAAGAUGAUGUCUUGAUACACAUAAACAAGUUAAUACUGUGUGAAUGAGUGUGUGUGUGUGUGUGUAAGCUGAAUUGGGGAUUGGAUUAGGAUUCACCCCUGAUUUUUGCCUCAAUCAAACGGAAACCAUGGCUACGACGACGAAAAGAGCGUGGAAACUUCAGGAGUUUUCUGCCCACGGAGCCAAUGUCAACUGCUUGUCCCUUGGAAGCAAGUCAGGACGAGUCUUGGUCACUGGGGGAGACGACAAAAAAGUCAACUUGUGGGCUAUCGGCAAACCAUCAUGUAUCAUGAGUCUGAGUGGCCAUACGACGGCCAUCGAAGCGGUGAGAUUCUCUCCGACAGAAGAAUUGGUGUGCGCGGGAAGCGCUGCUGGAGCCGUCAAGGUGUGGGAUCUGGAAGCGGCGCGGAUGGUGCGUACGUUGACUGGACACCGUGCUGGCAUCAAAGCCCUCGAUUUCCAUCCCUACGGCGACUUUCUCGCCACCGGCUCUACCGACACCAACAUCAAACUCUGGGAUAUUCGACGAAAGGGAUGUAUUUUCACAUAUAAAGGACAUAGUUCAACCGUCAACAGUCUGAGGUUCAGUCCCGACGGUCAGUGGGUGGCCUCGGCUGGCGAUGAUGGCUACGUUAAGAUAUGGGACCUGAGAGCUGGCCGACUUUUGUCCGAGUUGCGUGAGCACACGGCGGCAGUCACCGAGGUCGUGUUCCACCCGCACGAGUUCUUGCUGGCAUCGGGAGCCGCCGAUCGACGCGUCCUCUUCUGGGAUUUGGAGAACUUUACUUUAGUUUCCAAUUCCGAUCCGGAAACCAGCGGCAUCAGAUCGAUUUAUUUCCACCCCGAAGGGAAAUGUUUAUUCAGUGCGGCUCAAGAUGGACUGCGAGUUUAUGGAUGGGAACCUUGUCGUAUUUUGGAUUGCAUUCCGCUUCCAUGGGGUCGCAUUCAAGACAUGGCCGUCACUUCUAGCCAGUUGAUUGGCGUCUCGUAUAACUUGAGUAACGUGUCGAUUUACGUUAUCGACCUGAAAAAAGUGGCACCUUUUGGAGACUCGUCACAGUCCUCAUCUGGUCUUUGUGGAGGAGGAGUUGGCAUUGGAGGAGGAAGCGGAGGUGGAAUGGCAUUUCAGCAUGGCCAAUCUUUUCGUAAGAGUUUCAACAAGGAGCGACCGCCGGGCGGUGUGCGCCAAAGUCAAAUUAAAACAAAUCGCGACACAAUUGAAUCGGAUGAAAAAUCGAGCACUGAAACGGAAGAUGAUGGUAUUAUUGCUACUGAGGAAUUUAACCAAUACCACGACGUUUUCCCACCGCGUGGCAGAGAGUUGUCUCGCACGCCUCCUCCGCUCGAGAUCAGUUCGGACAAAGAGUCAAGCACGGUACUAAUCGGCGACAAAGUGAAACUGGAUACAGCUAUUCCGCAUGUUAUCCGUCCUCCACCGCCUGAUCUGGUUCAGCAGCAUUCGCCUCUCCCUACGCCGGCAUCGGGGAAUAGUCCGGUCCAUCGCCCAUCACCAUCACCUUCACCUCCCUAUGUCAAAACUCCACAAAGUGGACCUGGGAGGCCGGCCGCUGGUUUUACGACAAUGCGAGAGAGACGAAACAGCACUUCGUCUGUUACUGUGUCAUCAAACAAAAACAUCACAUCAAUCUCUAGCGUAGAAAGAGAGUCUUACAACGUUAACUUGCACACUCCGACCAAUUUAAUUGCCAUGACGUCUCCCCGUCCGGAUGUGACCCACUUGAGUGGAGGUCCACCCGUUUUACCGCCAACAGGACCACAUACAUCGCGUGGCCGUUCACUUCAUCGUAAUUUGAUUCAUCGAAAAGAUUCGAUAAAAGAAGUUUUACAACCUUCACUUUCUGAUCCGGAAAAUCCACCAAAGUUGAACAACAUACGUCACAGUCCGUCGGAGCCUUCCUUGAGUAUGCGAUCGCAUUCGACCUCCCGUUCCAGCUCUUUAACUCGCAAUCGGCCUGACUUAACUGUACCCGUUUCGAAAGGCAGAGUCAAUUCUCUUUAUUCACCAUUUAUGACGUCCCAGUCUCCCGUGGCUCUUCACCAAGAUUACGUUCCAGUUAUGACUGAUAAACUAACAGGCCUCGAUCUCGAGGAUUUUAUGCCGCGCAAAUUUAACUCUUUGUCAAUGGGAGGCGGGAGCCCUUCGGUGUCCGGAAUGUCAAGCCCAUACGAAGACUCCAGUUCACUGGCGUUAGAACAAACAGAGCUGGAAGUCGUGACCAACAUCGUUCAGGGCCAUCAACCUAUGAUGACCGUUUUAAGUAGUCGGCAUCGCAACUUGCAAGUCGUCUACAACCUUUGGCAAAAUAAAGACGCCAAGGUGGCUGUGGAGACGGCGGUGAAUAUGAAUGACCCGGCCGUUGUCGUUGAUUUGCUCAGUGUCAUCAUUUUCCGACCAUUUUUGUGGAGUUUGGAUUUGUGCGUUUUGUUACUGCCCGCCAUUGCUGAUCUUCUUCAGAGUAAAUUUGAAGUGUAUGUCAAUACAGCCUGCAAUUCAUUGAGAUUGGUAUUGAAAAAUUUCGCCACGGUGAUCAAGAGCAACAUCGAAACUCCUACUCAGUCGGUGGGGGUGGAUAUUUCACGUCAGGAGCGGUUCAACAAGUGCAUGUCGUGUUACAGUCAAUUGGUGCCUAUAAAAGCCUUUGUUCUCAAACGUCAAGCCAUGGCCGGCAAGAUGGGGCAGACGUUUCGGGAGCUUCACAUCCUGCUGCAGGUCUUUGAUUAAGAUGUUCGUUUUAGUGCGUACACUGAAGCUUGACCUCAUCGCACUCCCAUAGCCGUUAGGAUGAUGAACUUACAACGAAGCAGACAUCCGUCCAAAUAAUAGUCCCCAUCUCCUGAGAAAUGAAGCCGCGAACAAGAGAGUGAAAUUUCUCUUUUUCUCUUAUUUUUUUUUUCUUAGAUGCCAUAAAUUCAUUCUUUAAUUUAAGAAAAUCAACAUCAAUAAUGUUUCAAAGGUGCGCUCACCGUCUUUUGUGAUAUAACAAAUGUGUUUAGCCUUACAGCGCAUGUUCGCGUAUUUCUUUUUGCCUCCCGCCACCAAUCGUGCGAGUAGUUUUUUUGCUAGGGUUUCUUUUGAAUACUUUUUCUUUUAUUUUUUUCUGUUGUCGACUGCUUCGGUAGAUCUUUCCAAAUUACAAAUUAAUUUUUCCCUCUUCCCCGAGAAAAUGGUUGAAAAAAUUAACGUGGAUCUCAACAUAUAUUUUGGGGAAGUUCGUUUUUCUAUCGUAACAUGCUUUGGGUGAGGGAUGCAGUAAAUAUGGCUGUUAUCCUAUACAUUCCUCAAAACUAACGAGAGAGGUUGUGUUACAUUGCAUGAACAGAGUGAACUUGGCCAUUAAGAAAGCAUGCGUCACUAUUGUGAAAUGAUACUUCAUAAAUUUCAGAACAAAAUCACCAUUGUAAUGCGCAUAUUUGUGAACAAUAAAUCAUACUGUUAUCAAUUGUACAA